AUGACACCGAUUGGUCGCAGUCACAUUUCAUUGGAAAAAUACCACCUAUUAUCCGAUGCGACCAUGGACACUUUAUUAGAAUCCUUGGAAAAUCUGCUGGAUGUCUUGGGAAACCCAAGCUAUGAGGUGGAAUACCACAGUGGUGUCCUGACGCUUUCUUUAGGCGAGCAUGGAACCUACGUUAUUAACAAGCAGCCUCCGAACAAACAAAUAUGGUUAUCGUCACCGUUCAGUGGUCCAAAACGCUACGACUACUCUGAAGCUGACGACGACUGGGUUUAUUCUCGGGACGGCCUUGGUUUGGGCAAUCUAAUGAAUACAGAGCUCAGUAAUGCCCUUCAGCAAGAUGUUGAUCUGAGGUUGUCAACUAUAUCCGCUCGGCUGGAUUGA